UUGAAGCUACGGAUGGACGAUGUUAAUAUAAUUAGUAUUAUACCUUCGAUAGCUUGGUUUCGACAAUUCAUAUCUCUUCCCCUUUUUCUACUUUCUGCUUCUUUUAUAAACUAAUUUGGUGGUCAUCAUUCUUCUUGUCAUUGUUAAGUACUGUCAUUCGUUAUUUAUUUAGCUAGGUGGUUGGGCGAUCAACAUAUCGUCAAACAAGCCAAUCAUGGCGGAGAGUUCACCCGACAGGGGAAAAAAGAAUGAGGAACAGCCAGGUGAAGAUAUCGCUAUCGGAGUCGAAGAUGUUAGCACAAUUCCAAAGGGUACAAUUGAUCCAGUAUACGAAGCGAAGGCAAGAGUGUUGAACAGAGCUAUUCAAGAUAUUGGUAUGGGAUGGUACCAAUGGCAGCUCUUCGCCGUCGUUGGUUUCGGUUGGGCAUCCGAUAACCUCUGGCCGAUCGUCACGUCGCUCAUUUUCACACCUAUCCUUAACGAAUUCCACCCAUCGCGCGGUCCACUUCUUACUCUAGCUCAGAAUAUCGGAUUAUUGGUUGGAGCUAUGUUCUGGGGUUUUGGAUGCGAUAUCUUCGGUCGGAAAUGGGCUUUCAACUUGACUCUAGGUCUGACCGCUGUAUGGGGUAUGAUCGCUGCGUCCUCGCCCAACUUCGCUGCCAUUGGGAUUUUCGCGGCGUUUUGGUCAUUUGGUGUUGGCGGUAAUCUUCCAGUCGACUCUGCCAUUUUCCUCGAGUUUCUUCCUGGAUCCCAUCAAUACCUAUUGACGAUCCUUUCAAUUGACUGGGCUAUUGCUCAAGUUGUAGCCAAUUUAAUCGCAUGGCCAUUACUUGGGUACAGGACUUGCCAGCAAACCGAUACAGAUUGUACUAGGGCCAAGAACAUGGGAUGGCGGUAUUUCAUGAUCACAAUGGGUGGAUUGACACUCAUUAUGUUCAUCCUUCGUUUCUUCUGCUUCACUAUUUACGAGUCUCCCAAGUAUCUCAUGGGUAAGGGGUUAGACGAGGAAGCAGUGCGCGUGGUCCACGAAGUUGCGCGACGGAAUAAGAAGGACUCGGCAUUGAGCAUUGAAGAUUUGAAAGCUUGCGAGCCGGAGGGCUAUGUAAGUAGAGCCACUGCAGGUGAUGCCGUCAAGAGGAAGUUGGAAAAACUCAAUUUCGAUCAUAUCCGAUCUCUCUUCGCCACGAAGAAACUAGGGUACAGCACAGGAGCGUUGAUGUUGGUUUGGGCUUUCAUUGGACUUGGCUAUCCUCUCUAUAACGCUUUCUUGCCGUACAUUCAGAGUAGUCGCGGCGCUAGCUUCGGAGAUGGGUCAACAUACCUCACAUAUCGCAACUCGCUCAUUAUUGCUGUACUCGGUGUACCUGGCGCACUUGCUGGUGGUGUUCUUGUCGAACUGCGCAAUUUCGGACGUAAAGGAGCCUUAAGCUUAAGCACUAUCCUAACGGGCGUCUUCCUUUAUUGUUCGACAACUGCAACCAAUUCAUCGAGUUUACUGGGGUGGAAUUGUGCUUAUAACUUUACGAGCAAUAUCAUGUAUGCCGUGUUAUACGCGUUUACCCCUGAGUUAUUCCCGACUAAAGAUCGGGGUACCGGGAACGCGUUGACGGCAACAUCGAACCGAAUUUUUGGUAUUAUGGCUCCUAUUAUCGCUAUGUUUGCGAAUCUCCAAACUGCUGCGCCGGUCUACACGAGUGGCGCAUUGUUCAUUGCGGCGGGACUUCUAGUCAUCACUUUACCCUUCGAAUCGCGAGGUAAAGCAAGCUUGUAAAGGGAAAUAUCGGUUAGGGGCUGUGGAUUUUAAAAAUGAUGGUUGGGAUGGGAAUCGGGUGGGUUUGGGUUAUAAGCCCUGUGACACCAGGUUUUGUAUGAUUACUUUGGGAUAAAUAUGAUACCCUAUAUUUUAUUUGAUGGGCUUAUUGAAAUAUCUAACUGAUUGAUAUUUGUUUUCUUUA